AUGCCCUGCGGUGGGGAGCCUAACGGUAUUGGCCAUGAGACUCGACGAACCUAUGUCUUCAAUGACUGCACAAUUGAUAACACAAGCAUGAUCAGCACUGGACGGGAUAGCUCGAGGCAUGAAACUGUGAUUCUACGUGAUGCUGCAAGUGGCCGGGCUAUAUUUGCCAACGGAGACAUGAGUAGAGAAACCUUCUUGAGAGAGUUUUGUGGGAAGAAGUAG